UUGCUGUUCUUGUUUCUGAUCAUUGUUUGUUUGUCUUUGACGGCUGAGGCGAGUGAUACAAGUCAUGCACUUGAAACUCUGCAAAAGACUGAUGAUCAUCACACUUUGGAGACGGAGACUUCCAUUGAACGUAACAAAACGUGUAAAGUUGAUCAGCCUGAUUGUGAGUCUCCUCUGGAAGAUUCCAUUGGAGAAUCUUCGCAAGUAAAACAUGAUGGAGGAGAGGAACCACCUUCUCGACGAGACGAUGUUGCUGGUGGUGGUGAUAGUCUCUUGAAAGGGGGUAAAAAGGAUGCGCCAUCACUGCAGAACCGUGACGAUAAUACGUUAGCACGAACCAGUGGACUCGAGAGUGCUGUUGCUGCUUCUCGAUCCCAUUCUGCUGAAGAAGAAGAAGUUGACUCAAGUCUUCCUGAAUCUCAAGAAACUCCUUCGUCGGGUGCUAAGGCUCCUCCUGAGGGAAACAAAGACAGUUCACAAGCACACAAUUCCCACGAACAAAGUGAUUCUCAUGUUAACGAAGAAGAACGGGAAAGAGAGAAACAAGUGGGAGAUACCCAGCAGGAAGCACUAAAACCAUCACAAGAAGCAGCAUCAGGUGAAGCUUCUUCUGUACAAGACUCUGGAUUACACGAAAAUAGAAAGCCAUUAAGCGACCACACAUCUCCAUCA